CGAGACCUAUAAAUAUCCAGCUCCUGGCCAUUUGCAAAUCACACCACCACUGAGUGCUCCAAUCGAGACACUAGCCUAGUGCUCCACUUGCUAGUUUACUGCUAAUCGAGGUGAUGGCCUCAGGUUCCAGUAGCUUCCGUGUCAGAGACCAUGCUCUGCUCUUCCUUGUGCUAGCGCUCCUGAGCUUGGCACGGCCCUCCAUGUCCAUGGAGGCCGGCAGCAGGAGGCUCAUGGAGCUGUACCGGCCGCCGCCCGGCGACCUCCUCCGGUACCACGACGGCGCCGUGCUGAGUGGCGACAUCCCCGUCUCCGUCCUCUGGUACGGCCGCUUCACGCCGGCGCAGAAGGCCAUCGUCACCGACUUCCUCCUCUCCCUGUCCGCCGCGCCGCGAGAGUCCCCCGCGCCGUCCGUCUCCCAGUGGUGGAGCACCAUCGACCAGCUCUACCUCUCCAAGGCGGAGACCGUCAGCAAGAACGGGCCCGGCGGCGGCGGAGCCAAGAACGCGCGGGUGGUCCUGGCCGGCCAGGUCUCCGACGAGGGGUACUCGCUAGGGAAGACUCUGAAGCUCUCCCAGCUCCCCGCGCUGGCGGCCAUGGCGCGGCCCGCGAAGGGCGGCGUCGCGCUGGUGCUCACGGCGCAGGACGUGACGGUGGAGGGCUUCUGCAUGAGCCGGUGCGGCACGCACGGCUCGGACGCGCGGUCCCGCACGGUGUACGCGUGGGUCGGGAACUCCGCCACCCAGUGCCCCGGGCAGUGCGCGUGGCCGUUCCACCAGCCUCUGUACGGCCCGCAGACGCCGCCGCUUGUGCCGCCCAACGGCGACGUGGGCAUGGACGGCGUGGUGAUCAACGUGGCCAGCAUGGUGGCCGGCGCGGUCACCAACCCGUUCGGGGACGGGUUCUACCAGGGCAACCGCGCCGCGCCGCUCGAAGCCGCGACGGCGUGCCCGGGCGUCUACGGCAAGGGCGCCUACCCCGGGUACCCGGGGCAGCUUCUCGUGGACAAGGCGACGGGCGCCAGCUACAACGCGAACGGGGCUCACGGGAGGAAGUACUUGCUCCCCGCGCUGUUCGACCCCGACACGGCCGCCUGCGCCACCAUGGUGUGAAGAAACACGCGCGCCGUUUGUGAAAUUUGCACGUCGAUACGGGGUGAUGCUGUGGUUGCCUGUCGGUGUGUGUAUACGAGUUUUGUUAUAAAAUGUAGGUAGUAAACAAUUGAGAUGUGAAAACGUCAAGUACUUUGUUUCUUCA